CUCAACAAUCAAAGCUUGCUUAACUCAAACCCCUGCGCCCCGCUCCCGCCCUGCAGCAUUCUCAAUUCAGUCCAUAUAAAUUCGCAAAAUACAAAAAGUAUAGGCAGCCUUUUCAGCCUGUUGCAAGUUCAAAGGAAUUGUAUUGUUCUCCGGAGAACACAGCUGGCCGGCAGAACCAAUGGGAACGCCAGCCGCCGCCGCAACCGCCACCACCACAUAUGCUCUUAUACAUAAACAACGCCGGCACCACGACCGCCGAAGCCACACUUCUCACCAUACAACUCUACUCUUCACUGAGCGCAUCGAUUUCCCUCUACUCGCUUUUCGGCCGGUCUCUCAUUGCCAACACGUUAGACGCCGUCGUUCCAUUCCCUCACACUUACCUGUGGCAGCUUCCCUGAAGGAGAACAUUAACGGGUUGAAAACAACGUUGAGUAAUUUCACGUCUUUGAACCACUGGGUCGUGAGAGACUAUGACAGGCUCGUCAGUUUAGUUAAUGCUUUUGAACCCCAAAUUCAGGAACUUUCCGAUGAUCAGCUGAGCGCAAAAACAGUGGAGUUUCGCAAACGAUUGAGAGAAGGAGAGUCCUUGUCCCAUAUUCAAGCAGAGGCAUUUGCUGUUGUUCGUGAAGCUGCAAAAAGAAAGCUGGGAAUGCGCCACUUUGAUGUCCAGAUUAUUGGUGGAGCUGUGCUUCAUGAUGGAGCUAUUGCAGAGAUGAAAACUGGUGAAGGGAAGACAUUAGUGUCCACAUUAGCAGCAUAUCUCAAUGCCUUGACUGGGGAGGGUGUUCAUGUUGUCACAGUUAAUGAUUACCUAGCACAACGUGAUGCUGAAUGGAUGGGACGGGUUCAUCGUUUCCUUGGUCUUUCUGUCGGCCUUAUUCGUAAAGGGAUGUCAGCUCAAGAGAGGAGAUUGAAUUAUGGAUGUGAUGUAACAUACACUAACAAUUCAGAACUUGGUUUUGAUUAUUUACGAGAUAACCUUGCUAAUAACCGUGAACAACUUGUGAUGAAAUGGCCAAAACCUUUCCAUUUUGCAAUAGUAGAUGAAGUUGACUCAGUCCUCAUAGAUGAAGGAAGGAAUCCUUUAUUAAUAAGUGGCGAGGCAAGCAAAGAUGCUGCACGAUAUCCUGUUGCUGCUAGAGUAGCUGAUCUGCUCAUGAGGGGUCUUCAUUACAACAUAGAGCUGAAGGACAACUCUGUGGAACUAACUGAAGAAGGAAUUGUUCUUGCGGAGAUGGCCCUGGAAACAAAUGACUUGUGGGAUGAGAAUGAUCCAUGGGCAAGAUUUGUAAUGAAUGCCUUAAAAGCCAAGGAGUUCUAUAAGCGAGAUGUCCAAUACAUUGUCAGAAAUGGGAAAGCUUUAAUUAUAAAUGAGUUGACCGGACGAGUUGAAGAGAAAAGGCGGUGGUCAGAUGGGAUUCAUCAGGCUGUGGAGGCAAAAGAAGGUCUAAAUAUUGAGGCUGAUUCUGUUGUUGUAGCACAAAUUACGUACCAAUCACUAUUUAAGUUAUACCCGAGGCUUUCAGGAAUGACUGGAACUGCGAAAACUGAGGAGAAAGAAUUUUUAAAAAUGUUCAAAACGCCAGUGAUUGAAGUGCCUACAAAUUUGCCAAACAUCCGAAAAGACUUGAAUACACAAGCUUUUGCUACUACACGGGGAAAAUGGGAAUAUGUUCGUGAAGAGAUCGAGUACAUGUUUAGACUGGGUCGUCCAGUUUUAGUUGGAACCACGAGUGUUGAGAACUCUGAAUAUUUGUCCACUUUACUUAAGAAAAGGAAAAUUCCACACAACGUCCUCAAUGCUCUGCCCAAGUAUGCUGCUAGAGAGGCUGAAAUUGUUGCUCAAGCAGGGAGAAAGCAUGCAAUCACCAUUUCAACUAAUAUGGCAGGAAGGGGUACUGACAUCAUCCUAGGAGGAAAUCCUAAGAUGCUUGCGAAAGAAAUUUUGGAAGACAACUUAAUGUCUUCGCUGUCGCAAGAUAUUCCUCAAGCUGAUAUUGAUGAUGGAGAGAUGAAUCUACAAAAGGUCUUAUUAAGAAUAAAAGUUGGACCAUCAUCUCUAGCUUUGUUGGCUAAGACAGCUCUGUUGGCUAAGUAUGUAUGCAAAAAUGAGGGUAAGAAAUGGCCAUAUGAAGAGGCGAAAUCUAUAAUUUCUGAAUCUAUAGAAAUGAGUCAAUCCAUUGAAUUGGGAGAGCUGAUGAAGCUUGCUGAAGAUCAAUCGGAAAUGUACCCUCUUGGACCAUCAAUUGCACUUGCAUUCUUAUCAGUUUUACAGGAUUGUGAGUCCCACUGUUUAAAAGAGGGUCUAGAAGUGAAAAGGCUUGGAGGCUUGCAUGUGAUUGGGACCUCUUUACACGAAUCAAGAAGAAUUGAUAACCAGCUUCGAGGAAGAGCAGGAAGGCAAGGGGAUCCUGGAUCAACAAGAUUUAUGGUAAGCUUGCAGGAUGAGAUGUUUCAAAAGUUUAACCUUGAUACUGAGUGGGCAGUGAAGCUCAUAUCUAGAAUUACUAAUGAUGAAGAUAUUCCAAUUGAAGGUGAUGCAAUUGUGAAACAGCUUCUGGCCUUGCAAAUCAAUGCGGAGAAGUACUUCUUUGGAAUAAGAAAGAGCCUCGUGGAAUUUGAUGAAGUUCUCGAGGUGCAAAGGAAGCAUGUUUAUAAUCUUCGCCAACUAAUAUUAACUGGUGGUUUUGACAGUUGUUCACAGAAUAUUCUGCAGUACAUGCAAGCUGUGGUUGAUGAAAUUGUCAUUAAAUGUGUGGAUCCUCAAAAGCAUCCAAGCAAGUGGUUUUUGGGUAAACUUUUGAGUGACUACACAGGCUUAGCUGGAAAAAUAUUGAAUGAUCAUUUCUCAGGGAUUACUGAGGAAGCUCUUUUGGAUUCACUUCUGCGGAUUGAUGAAAUGUAUUCUGUAACUAUUGAUGACGUCUAUUUACCAAAUUUGCCUGCAAUUCAAAAUUCUUUUAGAGGGAUUCGUGGAGAAUGUGCUUCCUUGAAGCGAUGGCUAGCCAUAUGCACAGAUGACUCAAUCAAAGGUGGAAAGUACAAAGUGACAGUUAAUUACGUCCGCAAGUACCUUGGAGACUUCCUGAUUGCCUCCUAUUUGAAUGUCAUACAAGAAUCUGGUUAUGAUGCAGGAUAUGCAAAUGAAAUAGAGAGGGCAGUACUUCUGAAGACUAUUGAUUGCUUCUGGAGAGAUCAUCUCGUAAACAUGAACAGGCUAAGCUCAUCAGUGAAUGUUAGAACUUUUGGGCACAGAAACCCACUGGAAGAAUACAAGAUUGACGGUUGCCGCUUUUUCAUUUCGAUGCUCAAUGCAACCAGGAGGUUAACUGUUGAGUCCCUCUUGCGCUAUUGGGCAUCUCCAAUGGAAUCCUAUGAAUUAUAUGUUUAGGGGUGUCAUUCUAAAAGCUUAAAUUUUCACUUUUAGACCUUACUCUACAGUUAAGAUUAAUUUAACACUAAAAGUUGUGCUAAUACUUGGCAGAAUUAAAUUGUCAAUGUGAUCUAAUAGUUAAAAUUAAUAUUUGAUGCUAAUGAGCGAAAAGAUGGCCGUUAAAUUAUAUUUGGCCAACGAUAGUGUGUGCCUGGAUUAAAGUAUCAUCUAUAUUUGGAUGAAGUGUUGAGAAGUGUUAAUAAUGUAAGUGUUAAGGAAUGUUGAAUACUUGAAUAUAUAGAAAUUGCUCCUAUUUUUUUCUCUUUUUGAUGUUUAUGUA